CCACCUCACAUUCCACAUGUUGUAGCCAGUAAGAUUUGGGCCAGGCCCCUUUUGUCCAGCAGGAGCUAUAAAUAACCCUUGGCCCCAGACACAAGGUACCGUUAGGUCCAAGAACCCCCAGAAGUAAAGAUCCACCUUGCCCAUCAGCAAUCAUGAAAUUCUCUCUCAUCGCUGCCCUUGUUGUUGUGCUGGCCAUUGGCUGUGAGUCCGGUUCCCUGGUGAAGCGUGACAUCCCUGCUGAGAUCGAGACUCUCACAAAGUACUUCCAGGACGCCAUUGAGACAGUGAAGUCUCAUGAGCUGAUCAGCCAGGCUCAGGGUUACCUGGAGGAGGGUAAGACUCAGAUCACACCUCUGACCGACAAGAUCCAGGAGCAUGCUGAGAAGAUCCAGGAGCAGAUGAAGCCCUUCGUCAGUGACAUCGAGAAGCAGGUGCGUCCCAUGGCUGAUAACCUGCAGGCCCAGUUCAUGCCUCUGGUCGACAAGAUGCAGGCCCAGUUCAAGCCUCUGGCUGAUGACCUGCAGGCCCAGAUGGAGCAGCUCUUCCAGACCGUGGUUGACCAAACCAAGGCUCUCCUCCCCCCCCAGUAAAGCUAACGUUACAUCCCCAUAGAAAGGAAAAACCAUCUCCACUCUGUCUGUUUCACCUGGUUCAAGUCCAGCUCACUCCUUCUCUUGACAUCAUCUUGAAAUGAUGCUGAAAUUUCACCAAUAAAGGGCUUGAAAGGUG